UUGGAAUACACGCGAAUCGUGCCAACGGCAGAGAAAAUCUCGAAAGGCAGUUAACACCCGUACACUAUAUUCUGUACCAACAAAAACAAAACUCAGGCCGCUUUUCAAACUCAUCUUCCUCUUCGAUCUUCAAACGCUUAACGCGCCUAAUCAAAACAUUUGAAUCAUGGGUCAGUGUUUUGGAUGCAUUCAAGUGGGGCAAUCCACUGUAGCUGUGAAAGAACAUUUUGGCAAGUUUGAUAAAGUACUUGAACCCGGUUGUCACUGUAUGCCUUGGUGUUGUGGAUACAAGUUGGCUGGAAAGCUCUCAUUACGUGUGAAUCAGCUUGAUGUUCGUUGUGAAACAAAAACAAAGGACAAUGUGUUUGUUACUGUGGUUGCUUCUGUUCAGUAUCGUGCCUUGUCUGAUAAGGCUUCUGAUGCUUUCUACAAACUCUCAAACACCAAGCAACAAGUUCAAGCUUAUGUCUUUGAUGUAAUUAGGGCAAGUGUACCUAAGCUGCCAUUGGAUGAUGUUUUCCUUCAGAAGAAUGACAUAGCUAGAGGUGUGGAAGAGGAGCUUGAAAAGGCCAUGUCUGGGUAUGGUUUCGAAAUUGUACAAACUUUGAUUGUUGACAUUGAGCCUGACCAACAUGUCAAACGAUCGAUGAAUGAAAUUAACGCAGCUGCAAGAAUGAGAGUAGCUGCAAGCGAAAAGGCAGAAGCGGAGAAGAUCCUACAAAUCAAACGAGCAGAGGGAGAAGCAGAGUCGAAAUACUUAUCCGGGCUGGGUAUUGCGAGGCAGCGCCAAGCAAUCGUGGAUGGGUUGAGGGACAGCGUGCUCGCGUUUUCGGAAAAUGUCCCCGGGACAUCUUCCAAAGACGUUAUGGACAUGGUGUUGUUGACACAGUACUUUGAUACCAUGAAAGAGAUUGGAGCUUCUUCAAAAUCCAAUGCUGUCUUUCUGCCUCAUGGCCCCGGUGCUGUUAAGGAUAUCGCUUCUCAAAUCCGCGAGGGACUUCUUCAGGCUGAAAGUGUGGAAGCCUAGUUUUAUGCUUUGUUGGAUUUGUGUGAAUAAUAGUUAUGUGGGCAAUUGGACAAUUAUUAUUAUUAUUAUUAUUAUUAUUAUUAGGGUUUUAUGACUGCGUAAACCAGUAAGAUGCAUGUAAUUUGGGUAUAUUAUUAUAUGGUUAGAAGUAAGUGUGUAUAUAAUAUGGUAUUUCUUCUUGCU